AUGCUCAUCAAUCGGCAAGCCCGUUUUAUUGGGCGGCUACUGGCCAGAUCGGCGAUAUUAUUUACGAGCAUAUCCCUUCUAAUUAUGCUGGGAGCAUGUGGAUUGCUUUAUAUAUUACCAAAAGAAGCAAACCUUAGUUUCGACUCCGGCUACACAACCCCGGAUGCCCCUAGUAUAACUGAAAUGCGUGCCUACGUCGACUUCUUCGGCGACCUGGGGAAACCAUGGUAUAUGGCGCUAUUUGCCGAGCCCAAGAAUGGCAGUAUGGUGGAAAGCAAGGAAUUCGGGGAAUUUCAAGAUUUUUACCACCACCUCAAAACGGAUCUAACCGUCCGAGAAGAAAAUGGCACCCGACUAAACUAUAUGCAAUUCUGCCAACCCACCUGCGAUAUCAAUGAUUUGCUGUUUAAGACAUAUCAAUAUUCCUUAUUUGGCGUCAGCUGGCCGGUGACAACCAUUUUAUGGAUGUAUGAAGCGAAUAUUGGAAAGCAUUUCUUCCUGCGAAAAAUGAAGGGGGAAGACAUCAUGGACGCGCAAUUGGAAGGCCUGUAUUUUGCUGCUUUCGCUAAUUCGACCCAAACUGAAUUGGAGCUUCAACGUUUUGAAAAACUUGUGGAAGAAGCCGUUGCAAUACAUAAUGCCGAUCCGACCAAGCUCACAAAAAUUACUCAACAUGCUGCUACAAUUGUUGAGGCCGGAAUUCGGAGGAGUAUGGAGACGGCGGUCAGAUACUUGCUGAGCGGUUGUGCUCUCUUUAUUAUUCUUGUCUUACUCUCCUUAAUCCAAACCGCCAAAAUCAACGGCCAGUUUUCCGCAAAAGUACUGAUGAUGCUCCCACCAGCCGUGCUUUUGCCGGUUUUCUCGAUGACGACUGCGGCCGCCACCCAUAUUUUAUUGGGAAAUCAUUUUAACACGCUCUUUUUGUUAUCUCCUAUUGUCGGGCUAGGAUACGGUAUCGACGGUAUUCUGUUGUUGCAAAAUAUGUGGCAGCGGUUACAACAAAAGCGAAUUUAUGAUGAAAGUGAAUAUCAGCUGAAGGAUGUUUUGAUGGAAACUCUUCCUUCUAUGGUAAUUUCGGCUCUAACGGCAGCUAUUCUCUUGCUCGGCGGCCAAUUGCCAAUUGCAGAAUAUGCUCACUUUUCAUUUUUCCUUGGGUUAAUCGUGUUUUGGACACUGUUCUACCAACUCUUAUUCUACGUCCCUGUAAUGAUUACCGUCUUGCCUUCCCAAAAACACGAAUCACUAAAAACCAUUGGCCGGAGUGACACAGCGAAAUCACUUGACGGUUGUGCACCUUUACUUGGACAUCCAGGCUUUGUCACGAUGGGUUUGGUACUUAUAUUGCUACUCGGAAUCGCAAUCCCAGCAUUCCUCGGAGUACAAAAGAUUCAUGGCAACCUCGACUAUAGACAUCUAUUGAUGAAGAGCGAGAAGGCAAAUCGUGGAAUUGAAAUCAUGAGCGAUAUUGUCUGGCCCGACUUCUUGCAAGUAAUGUUCUACAUUCAAAACCCUCCGGAUUUUGGGGAUGAGAGUCAAUAUGCACAAUUUAUGUCGAUGGUAGAUGAGAUUCAAAAACUCGAUGGGGUGAUGACAAUGAGGGAGAAUAUGAUGUUCGUCAAAGAUUUCAGAAAGUUUGCGGAGACACCGGAGAAUGCUACCUCCCUUGAUAUGAGCCAAUUCAAGAAGUUUAUCACUGAUGAGAUGUACCAGGCUUGGAAUUCGGGCGUGCAGUAUCGUAUGGAUUACGACCCUGUGACGAAUACUACCAAACCUGUCAUAACAAAUAUGUUGUACUUGGUAGCAUUUAAUGGCACUAGUUCGAUUGCGGACAAAAGUUCUUUGAUGGCUAGAUGUCGAGGGCUCUCCGCGAAAUUCCCUCAAUUCCAAGUGGUACCUUUUGAUACUGAGGUUGGCAUGGCUGAUGUGAUUCAACAAGCACCAGGCGCUACACUUAUCCUCCCUACCAUCGCUUUCCUGAGUCUGCUCCUGUGGUUCGCGAUUCUCGCAGGAAACUUGAGCACAAGCCUGGUUGCUGUCCUCUCAUCAGCUUUUAUUUAUUUUGGAUCUUACGGUCUUUGCUCGCUUGGUGGGAUGGCUGUAAACCCUUUCACCGUCGGAACUUUGUUCGCUCUUGCUGCCCUGUCCGUCAAAACCGUUGUGCCCUUCGCCUAUUUCUUCCAAAUCUCGUCAACAAUGUACAAGGACGAGAAGGUGCAAAAGAUGCGGGAUGCCAUGUCGAAGGCUUUUUAUCCUACUUUACAGUCUGUGCUCUGUUCGAGUGCAUUCCUGCUCCCCCUAUUGCUCAUCCCAAUAGAGCUCUUCUUCUGGAUCGGAACAUUAAAUGCUGUUCACAUGACGCUUAGUCUUUUACUUUCUGGGUUCAUCAUCCCUGUUAUUCUGUCGCUACUCCCUUCCUCACUCCUCAAUAAUUUCUGCGGCCUAUGCCAAUCCGUA